AUGUCCGUCCUUGUGCCAUCCAUUCCAUCAUCGACAAAUACUCCUCAUCAUUAUUUUUCUAACGGAAAUUCGAAUCAAACAACGAAAUCGUUGCCAUUCAAGACGCGUUCUACAUUGAAAUUAACGAAUGAAAAUGAGAAUGAUCAUGUUCCAUUCGGUGUUGUUAGUUCCAUGAAACAGCGUUUACUUGAUAAAGUAAACGAAUCGCUAUUAGCAACUCAUCAUUCCACAUUGGUACGUCAUUCCUUAUCGAAAACAUCUGCACGUCUGUCUUCGAACGAAAACUUGUUACAAACAAAAUCAGCCAUAUCACCAUUGAAACAUUCCACACGUUUAUCGCGUAGUCAAGAUAGUUUGCUAAACAAUAACAAUAAUAAUAUCGAAGCAUUUACAUCCUAUUUACAACCAAAACAAGAAGUAGUUAUUGUCGAUGCUGACAUAUCAAACGAAGAAAACAUUUCCAACCAUCGACAUUCAUAUACGGAAUUACAUGUUGAUGAAGUACCAAAGCCUGGUACGGUAACAACUGUAAAGAAUAUGUUUGAACGACAAAUUCGUUUAAGUCGAUUUGAUAGUGAUAAACUGUCGAAUGCAACAUCACGUAACACGAAUAGCCAACACCACCGAGACGUCUUAAGUCCAAAUCGUUCACGUAGUAUUUCUCCAAAUGAUAUGGCUUUACGACAACGUCGAGCAGGGCUUGCACCGCCAACGUUAUCCUUACCUGUUGCUACGCCAUACCCUGACCUUGUUACAUCUCAUACGCCACCGAUUCCGUCUCAAAUUGAAGUUAAUAAAAGUGCUACAGAACAAACAAUCAAUGAGAAUAAAAAGAAAGAUGCUCUCUCGAAUGAAACCACAAGUAUGAAAUCAGAUCCUAAUCUCUUACUCUCGACGAAUUCAAUAUCAAAUACUUCUGAUUACAAGCCAUUAGAUUUCAAGAGUCGUCUAGCGUUGUUUAAUCAAACGACAACAAAUACGAAAAGACCAGCACCUCCACCACCGAAUUUUCUCACAAAACCAGUCGUUCAUCAUCAUAAUCAACAUUUGGAAAAAGCUGAUCAUCCAUCAGCGGAUGAAGCUAUCCAUACCUUGGUAAACACAUCAAAAGCAGUAACAUUUUUUGGUGGGACUAAAUUGAAUGAAGCUAACAAAUCAAGCCUACCAGCAUCUGUCGUGCCUCCACCAGUACUCGUGACGAUUGUUAAAGAAGAACAGUCAAGUGUUGAUUUGCCGUAUGUUCCAGAUAUUAUUGGUGGAUACGUCAAAUUAAACAAAUCAUCUCUUUCCUCUGGAAUCAAAAAAGAAGCUCGAGUUCAAUUUAUGGAUAAUGUCCAUACAUUUGAAUACCCAUCGUUUAAUAUUAUCAUGGCAGAAUUUAGUACUAGUGCAUCAGAUAAUGAAGAUGAAUAUGAUGAAGACGAAGAAAAGGGCAUCAAAAUUGUUCCUAUGGGCGAAAAUAUAGCUGAUCAAAUCGAUGAUAUGAACGAUGAUGAACUCGACCAAUUAGCACGUAUUAAUGCGGAAUUUAAUACGACUAAUUCAGCUGACAAAGCGUUACAACCAAAGGGUAGCGGUUCUUAUCUGUUUUUUUUUCUUUCUCCAGACAUGUCAUCUGGCACUUCAGUUUGUUUCCGUUCGAUCCUUCUCAUUUGUCAUAAACAACAUCAGACGUCAUCAUGGCAAAUAGUUAAUGCGGCGCAAGCCAAGAGAGAGAAAAGCGAUUUCAAAGAGCACGUUGCACACGUUUCGUCCAACUCAUCUCGAUCAAUAUGA